GGCCGCGCGACCUGGGGCUAUGGCGGCUACGCUGGGCUGUCGGGGCUCUCUGCGGCUGCGGCGGCUCCUCUCAGCGCUGAAUCCGGGGAUCCACGUUCCCCGGGCCGGGCCCGCGGCCGCGUUCGGGACCUCAGUAACCUCUGCCAAAGUGGCUGUGAAUGGCGUCCACCUGCACUAUCAGCGGACCGGAGAGGGGGAGCACGCAGUCCUGCUACUUCCUGGGAUGCUGGGUAGUGGAGAGACUGAUUUUGGACCCCAGCUUGAGAACCUAAGUAAAGAGCUCUUCACUGUGGUCGCCUGGGAUCCUCGAGGAUAUGGACAUUCCAGGCCCCCUGAUCGAGAUUUCCCAGUGGACUUUUUUGAAAGGGAUGCGAAAGAUGCUGUUGAUUUGAUGAAGACGUUGAAGUUUCAGAAGGUCUCCCUGCUGGGGUGGAGUGAUGGCGGCAUAACGGCCCUCAUUGCUGCUGCCAAGUAUCCAUCUUACAUCAACAAGAUGGUGAUCUGGGGAGCCAACACCUACGUCACGGACACAGACGUCAAGAUUUAUGAGGGCAUUCGAGAUGUUUCUAAAUGGAGUGAGAGGACAAGGAAGCCACUAGAAGCCCUGUAUGGGUAUGACUACUUUGCCAAAACCUGUGAUAAGUGGGUGGAUGGCAUAAGACAGUUCACACAUCUACCAGAUGGUGGCAUCUGUCGGCACUUGCUGCCCCUGGUCCAGUGCCCCACCUUGAUCUUGCAUGGUGAGAAGGAUCUUCUGGUCCCGCGUUUUCAUGCCGACUUCAUACACAAGCAUGUGCGAGGGUCACGGUUGCAUCUGAUGCCAGAAGGCAAACAUAACCUGCAUUUACGCUUUGCAGAUGAAUUCAACAAGUUAGCAGAAGACUUCCUACGGUGAAAGUAUCCCGGAAGCAUCUAGUCUUGGUGGCUCCUUACCAUGGGCUUGAUCAUGGUACUGUGUUACCUUGAUGCCUUUAAACCUCCCUCCCUGUGUCACACCUCAGCUAACCUCCUUCCCAUGCUUUCUGCCCCUCCCUAUAAUCUGACAUAUUGAAAAGAGCUCUAGCUUCACUAUCUACAAAAAUUAAAUCUGAUUUCUGAACAUUAAAUUGUGAAUUUCUACCAUUAUCUUAAAAAAUAAAUUCCUGCCAUAAUUUACUUUCAAAUAAAUUUUAGGUAGAA